UAAACAAAGAAAACUUAAGUUCAUUAUAUGCAAAUUCGGCGAAAUAAAUCGAUAAUUUGCUUUUAUCGCACAUCGCUAACUAACAUCGCACCGCGCAAAAAAGUGACGCGCAACUGCUUUCAAUUUCAACGAUUUGUGCAAAGCGCGUUUGAAAACAGGAAUAAUGGCUGAUGCUGAUAACUUAGACAAUUUGUCCAAUGCCGAACUGCGUGCACGAAUGCUAGCCCAAGGAUUGCCGAAUAUACCAGUCACAGACAGCAGCCGCAAAGUAUUGGUUAAACGUUUACGCGCCUCACUAGGCGGCAACGCCGCUUUGCCGGCAGCCAGUCCAAAGAAGAGCAAUGCACGUCGCGAGACCUUGCAGCCAGCAGCUGUUGCUGCUGCUGCAGCUGGACAGGUGGAUAAGACGGAUGGUACCCAAGCUGCGGCCAAAUCACGCCGCACCAUUGCCUUCAAUCCCAGCGACAACAAAGAGGACGAUCGUCGUCGUCAGCAGCAGCCAGUGAACAAGCCACAAACUGUGCCGGAGGCAAUUGCAGUAGUCAAACCAGUUGCAGCCAAGGCUGCGCCCAUACAGUCGCGGCGCAUAUCCAAUUCGGAGCGACGUGAACAGCCAACCGAGCGGAUCGUUCGAAAGCCGGAACCAAUUGCCGAAGAGCCUACAGUGCCCAAACAGCGUGAAAGCGAGAAACCCUUGCUGGUUAAUUCACUGAUUAUACUAGAGUCAGAUGAAGAGGAGGAUGAGCAGUUGGCCCAGGCUGCCCAGAGUGCUGAGGAUCAGUACAGUCAUCACAACAAGCAAAUCGCCAGCAAACCCAAACCCAAGCCAAAGCUAACGGCCAGCACCGUAAAUACUCAUGAAUAUGUGGCCAAGCCACUAUAUCCUAGCCUGCAGCCCAACACUAUGGAGCAACAGCGCAUUAAACAGGUGUACGAACACGUACCCAGUCCCACCCAGCCACGCACUACACUAGGUGGUAGCAGCAACAGCUAUGAUUACCGUGCUGCAACUGGACGUUACAGCAGCUAUGUGAGCUCGCCCGCUCAAAGCUAUACAAGUGCAUCCUCAACAAUUGGUGUCAGCACCAGCUUACGUCGCUCGCCGCCACGUACCUAUAGCAACGAAUUCAGCGAUGAUACCGCUGAGGAGGAUGCCUCACAGGGCGUUAAAUUUGAAAGCGAUUUUGCUCGCAAUUUGGCACGCCUGCGCGCCGAGCGAAUUGGCGAUCGUAGCAGCAGCUACAGACGCACCAUAGCUACGGGCAGUAUCAUCACUGGAGGACGUCGUUCCCUGCGCCAGGAACAGGACCCAUCCUCCAAGGCAUUUGUACGCUUGUGGCAGACUCUGGAUAACAAAUACAAACUUAAAUCUAAGCUAUUCAUAUUGAUUGUUCUGUUGGUACUCUUUGGCGUCUAUCGUUUCUUCUACUAAAGAAACCUAGACUUCCGGCUGUGCCAUAAGCGAGAUACUCGAAUUUGUCAACCGUUUCAUAAUACUUUGUUUCUGUAUCAGUUUUUCUCACAUGUGUUAAAUAGCUACAAAUUUGUUCCAACUAUUUUGUGUGUACUAUUGCGUGCAACAUUUAUGUUUAUGAGGAAUGUUUCAAAGGAAAAUCUCUGUUCAUACACCGUG